AUGGCCUCAAAUGUUGCUAAAACAAUUAACAUAGGAAUUACAAUUAGUAGUUCAUUAGAAACUUUCAGCCCUUUGCUUAAUGUAGUUUCUGAAAUCUUUAAAGAAAUAGUCAAAAUCGACGAAAAAACUCAAUGUAAUAAAAACAUAUUAAAAGCUAUAUUAGGUCGUAUGUUGUCUGCAGAAAUGGCCAUAAAAUUUAUGCUAGUGCAUAAAGAAUAUUUUAGAGAAAAAUUAUCGAAUUUAAAGUAUCAAGAAUCAUUACAUACGUUUAAAAAUAUAUUAGAUAAAAUAAAAAAUUUUGCAGAACGAAUAACUCAAUUGAGGGGCUCGAUAGAUGGGUUAAUUCUCAGGCAAUAG